AGCGAGCGGCCACUCUGCGGCGGACGCUCGGCUGGAGACGCAGCUUCCCUGUGGCUGGGCGUGUUAUUUUUAUUUCUGCGUUUUCAUUAAUAUUUCGCCAGAUUUCGCGAGACUGUCAGCAUAUCGACUUUUUAUCUUUACAAACAUGAAUUUAUCGGAGCGCUGCCAGAUUGGACUGGAGUUUUUCGAGUAUCUGAAGGAGACUGACCGGGUUUCCAUCACACACAGACUCCAACUCAGAGACAUUUACAACAAUGAAUUCAGGACCAGGAAUCCGGGGACUAAAGAUCCAAACUUUGGUUCAGUUCUUUAUGGUCUGAAAGUGUUCUACAAGAUAACAAGGCGAGGAGACACAAUACGCUUCAACCCCAAGGUCAAAGAUCUGUACGUGGAUCAGUGGCAGACAAACAGAACCCCUCCCAAACAGCUUGUUCAAAAUGGAGCCGCCGUUUCUGGGCUGCUUCAACAAGUCACCUCUGCAGAAGAGGCAGAGACGGGAGUCAGAGCGCGAAGGAAGCUGGCCAAACUGCUGAUCAACAGACUGACCUCAGCCGAGACUCGGAAACAGUUCAUGGCUGACAAAAACGGCGUCGCCAUCACUUCCGAUGAUCCGUUUGAAGACGGGAAGCUUGGCGUGUGUGUGGAAAACAAAUACGAGCAUGUCAUAAAUCUUCUCGUGGAAAACUCUGGGACUAAAUCUGUGUACUUCAUGUACUACACUCCGCUGCACUGGCUCAAAUAUUUCUCUCUGUCUGAUGAGCACAGAGUCACCCGGCUGAACCCCCUCUUGCUGCAACCAGGGGACUGCUAUGAAAUCAAAGUGAACUUCAGCUGCAGCUUCGUGGGCUUCUAUCCGGCCAACCUGGCCUUCGAGUUCAAAGCAGAUCUCCAGGAAUCCUCCGCUCCUUUCUACAUUAUGCGCGUCAUCGAAGUGCAGUGCAUGACUUCUUUAGGACAGGAGCUGGCUCCCAUCGCCCCCUACAAAGCUCGCUCCAUCCCCGCCUGGAUCGAAGAAGCUCCCUGCACCAUCGUGGACGGGCAGCGACCUGAUGGGCUUUCAGUCGUGCAGCUGAAAAAUGAGGUUCAGCUGAAGAAGUACGAGGUCCCUCAGUACAUGAACCAGCUCAUCAACGUGCUGAAGCAGUCUGGCGUCUUCUCAGAUAAAAGGGCGCUGCUGGAGAGCCCGUUAAGCUGGGAGAGGUACUCGGAGAAGUUCCAGCUGCUGCUGUUUCUGGAGGAGCUUCAGAUGGUGGUCGACAUAAAGAGAUACAACAUCCCCAACGACGAGAAGGAAGACCCCGCUGUCAUGUACAGAGACACCGUCAACAAGAAACUCCUCGUUCUGGAGGUACCCGGGGUGUCUGAGAACCGGCCGUCCGUGCUGCGAGGAGACGAGCUGCUGGUGUACAGCAGCUCGUCUCCUCCUGCAGGACAGAAGCAGGUGAAGUACCGCGGCUACGUCCACAGCGUGCAGCUGGACCAGGUCAAGCUGGGCUUCGGCUCAGAGCUGCUGGAUAACUUCAUCGAUGGGAUGAAGUUCAACGUGGAGUUCACGGUGAACCGCCUGACCAUGCGUCUCCAGCACAGAGCCGCAGAGUUCGCCUCCAUCCACCAGCUGAAAAGUGUUUUAUUUCCUGCUGAGCCGUCCGCAUCCAGUCAGCAGACUGCACUUCCUCAACUCAGGCUGUUUGACUGGCAGCUGGAGCGGAACCCGGAGCAGUACCAGGCCGUCCAGCACAUCGUGGCUGGCUCGUCCAAACCUGCUCCUUACCUGGUCUUCGGUCCGCCAGGAACAGGCAAAACUGUGACUGUGGUGGAGGCCAUCAAGCAGAUUGAGAAGACCCAGACCUCCUGCGUCAUUUUGGCCUGCGCUCCCUCCAACAGCGCUGCAGACCUGCUCUGCAGGAAGAUUCUGGACCAUGUGGAUGAACGCAAAGUUUUCCGUAUGUAUGCCACCAGCCGGGACCCCAAAUUCGUCCCCGUCGAACUGAAGGCGUGCUCUAACCUUGUCGGGGACUCUUACCUUUUCCCUGCCAAAGAGAAGCUGAUGGAGUACAAGAUCAUUGUCACCACGCUGAUGACAGCUGGAAGGUUGGUGACAGGAGGAAUUCCUGAAGGACACUUCACCCAUGUGUUUGUGGAUGAAGCUGGACACGCUGUGGAGACCGAGUGCUUGAUCCCGCUGGCAGGGUUGCUGGAUCCUCAGUCUGGGCAGGUUGUUCUGGCUGGAGACCCCAAGCAGCUCGGACCCAUCAUCAGAUCUCCCUUCGCACAGAAAUACGGCCUGGGAGUGUCCCUCCUGCAGCGUUUGAUGGACAAUUUCUCUGUGUACAAGAAGGACGACGGUCUCAACAACGCCUUUGUCACCAAACUGCUGCAGAACUACAGAUCCCAUCCAGCCAUUCUGAAGGUUCCUAACGAGCGUUUCUACGACAACGAGCUGCAGGUCUGCGCCGACGAGAUUUUGAGAAACUCCUACUGCCGAUGGGACCACCUCCGGAAGAAGGACUUCCCAGUGAUCUUCCACGGGGUGGCGGGAGUGGAUGCGCGUGAGGCCAGCAGCCCGUCCUUCUUCAACGUCGCAGAAGUGGAAAUCCUGACCGACUAUGUGAAAAAGCUGCUGCAGUCACAUGGGAAGAAAGGCCUGGCGACCAUCGGACCGCGAGACAUCGGCAUCAUCGCCCCCUACAGGAAGCAGGUGCUGAAAAUCCGUAAAGCCCUGGACAAAAUCCAGAAGGAGUUCAAAUUUACCAACAUGGAUCUCCUGAAGGUUGGUUCAGUGGAGGAAUUUCAAGGCCAGGAGAGGAGAGUGAUCAUUGUGUCUACGGUGCGGAGCAGCACUGAUUACCUCAACAUAGACAAACACUUCCACCUGGGCUUCGUCAAGAAUGAGAAGAGAUUCAAUGUGGCAGUGACUCGAGCCAAAGCCCUGUUGAUCGUGGUGGGAAACCCCAGAGUGUUGAACACAGACGAAACCUGGGCUCACUUCAUCAGUUAUUGCAGCGACGAAGGAGGCUACAUCCCCAUUCAAACGGAGGAAGACGAGGACGUGGUCGUGAGGCUCGCUGCUCUCUGCCUCAAGGUGGAGCCUCAAGUGGAGACGGCAGAGAGCGACGUUCAGCGGCUCCUGGACCCCGAGUGGAGGAACGACCUCUGAGCCCAGCUGAUCAAAGACGACGGAAAACAGCAGCUCGCCUCCCUCUGAGAGCUCCAGCAGACGUUUCAUCCUCAAACAGCUGCUUUCAUCCAAUGACAAUCAGUUUGAUUAUGAGCAAUUUUCCCAUUAACUGAUCAGAGCCGCUGAAUCUCAGGUGUAUUUUUCUGUAAUCCACUGAUAUCAUCAUAGUCACUCGUUGAGAGCAUUAUCACUGAAUGUGUUGUACAGCAGGGUCUGUGCAGCCGUAUUUAAUCACUUGACUUUCAUAAAUGGAUUUUUAAUGUCUUUAAUUGGUCCUUUUGCAAAAUUAGCAGAAGCUGAAAUGUCAUUUCAAUGAGGUUCUCUGGUUAGAAAUGCUAAAUGCUUUGUUUUAGAUUUAUAUUGGGACAAAGAAGGGAAUGAAUUCCGAUUUUAAAUAAAUGCAAUUUGUAAUAAAGGCACACAUUCUGAUGG